GGCGGGAUCUCACGGAACCCCAUUCAUGUAUGACUUACGUACUUUUCUGUCGUAGCCAAGUGAAACGGGUCCUUUAUUUCCGAAAAUCUUACUUGGUAAUUCAAUUGAGUCUCCAGGAUCAGCUGUGGCCGGCGUCUUGUUCUAAUAAACAAGUAAUGAACCUCAGAAACAGAUGAAGAAUGGAGGGAAUCCUAUACAAGUGGACAAAUUACAUAAGUGGUUGGCAGCCUCGCUGGUUUGUACUGGAAGGAGGGACUUUGUCCUACUAUGACUCGCAAGAGGAUUCCUGGAAAGGAUGCAAGGGAAGCAUCAAGAUCUCAGUGUGUGAAAUACAAGUCCACUCCUCUGACUUCACACGGGUUGACCUGACCAUCCCUGGAGAACAGUACUUCUACCUCCGAGCCAUCAACGCAGCGGAGAGGCAGAAAUGGCUGGUCGCGUUGGGAUCUGCAAAGGCCUGUCUGACAGACAACCGAACCAAGAGAGAGAAAGAACACCAGGAGAACACAGAGGCUCUUAAGACCAAGAUAUCAGAGUUGAGGCUGUACUGUGACCUUCUCCUCCAGCAAGUUAACCAGAUCAAGGACAGUGAGGAGAAUGAGGAGGCUGGGGAGAACCCUGGCACCAUGGUGAAGUCUACAUGCACCACCUUCAUCAAGACGUUGGAGGAGUGCAUGCUGAUCGCCAACCGCACCUUCAGCUCAGACCAGGCCACAAAGACCCCACCCGGGUCGCCUCCCGUGGCAACCAUCAAACCCCAGAAGGUCAAACCUGUCAAUCAAUCAAAUCAGGAAAAACACAGGGAGUGUAAAGAAAUCUCAGGAGGAUCUGUAACACAUGACAACCAGAGCCUUGACUGUGGAGCAGAGGGACCAGACCAACGAGACGGACCAGACACGCUCCCUGAGAGAACCACCCAAACACCCCCAACAGAACAUAGCCCAGCUGGCGGAGACCACCAGGGCCCAGAGGAGUCUGCAGUGGAAGAGGAGGCCACUACCCAAACCACCCACACAAACCCUGACCCAGAACACACCGACCAACCAGCGCAGCAGGAAGAGGAGGAGGAGGAAUUCAAAGAGGUGGAGCAGGAAAUGAGGAAUGCCCAAGAAGAGAAACAGGAAGUGACCCAGAACCAACAGGAAGCUGGCACUGACCAAGAGGAAGCCAAGCUGGAAGAGGAGCAGCCUUCCCAGCCUCAGGAAGAAGAGAGGGAGGAGGAGGAGACAGAGCAGGUGGACACAUUCUUCAGUACGAUGAGUCACAGAUUUAGUGAUAUAAGACUGGACGGUGACAGUGGUAUUCCUACACAAGCCUUUUUGGACUCAUGCUAUGCGAUAGUGCCUGUAUUAGACAAACUAGGAUCCACAGUAUUUGGUCCAGUAAAAAUGGAUUUUACGGGCAACAUCAAGAAGAUCCACCAGAAGCUGUCGUCGGACCCGGGCAGCUUCCCCACACUGCAGACCAUAGUGCUCCAUGAGGUGCAGACCGGUGUGGCCCGCGUCCGCAACUCAGCCACCGAGGCCCUGCUGUGGCUCAAACGAGGACUCAAGUUCCUCAAGGAGUUCCUGUCCCUGGUCAACUCUGGGGAAAGGGAUAUCCCUGGAGCGCUGGGUAAUGCUUAUGGACGGAGUCUGCGGCAGUAUCAUGGAUGGGUUGUGCGAGGUGUAUUUGCUCUGGCCCUCCGAGCAGCGCCAUCAUACAGCAGCUUUGCGGCGGCUCUGGUGUCCAGAGAGGGGGAUGAACUGAAAGAAGGAUUCAACACAGGCAUGCACCGGGACCUGGGGGUCUACCUGCCUGCCAUGGAGAACCAACUGGCCAUCCUGGAUGCCCUGUAUGAAGAAUACAACCUGGAGUCAGAUGAGGUGGUCUGAGAGGAGGAGACGAGAUCCCAACUGGUGGCCUGAAGAGACGAGACCCCAGCUGGUGGCCCGAGAGGAGGAGACGAGAUCCCAACUGGUGGCCUGAGAAGAGGAGACGAGACCCCAGCUGGUGGCCUGAGAGGAGGAGACGAGAUCCCAACUGGUGGCCUGAGAGGGACACUACCAGAGGAGGAAGAGAGCCCUCAGACUCAGACCAUCUGGGAUACACUGACAGAGGAGGACGGUGUGGAGGGAGAGGAGAACCCUCUUCAGGAUGCAGAAACUUUAACCCUGGAGGUGUAGGCUUAGUUGGUUUGCUCCCCGAGAACAGGGUCAAGCCCCAGGUAGCCUGCUCACUAGAUUAGCCAAUCGGAGCCAUCCGGAGGAUGGAGGGGCGUGAUUGAGUGUGAGCAUGCUCGGUGUAAGAUGAGGUAUUGUCUCACAUUACUAACUCUGGAACAAUGCAAGGCCUAAUGGCCGUAGAGGGACUAGGUUUUGGAGGGAGGACUUUUUCAGGUUUUCCUUCUAGUGGUUUACGCUUAGUACUUCCAAUUACAAAGGGUGCACUGUUGUACAAAUGGUGGUCUUCUGACGGAGCACAUUUCCUGACGACGGAUGCACACUUCACUUCGUUAUAGUGACUUUGACUGUACUUGAUGUAGUGUACAGUACUUUGGACUCAGGCUCUUUUCCCUCCUGUGACUUCAAUUAUGAACAGCUGCACCAUUGGUUGCUGAGAAUGCACAAAUAUGAACUUUUACUUUAAAUUGAGGCUGAUAUUGUUAUAAUUGACAGCAUUAUUUGACAGCUUACAUAGGCUGUAUGUAAUGAACUGCAUACACCACUGAAGAGUAAUGUAGCAGUGUUAGUAUUGAUCCCUGCUGAACUCAUACACCAAUAUACUGUAUCUACAUGGAUGACCUCCCUCCCUCUAGAACCCACCUCCUCCCUCCCUCUAGAACCCACCUCCUCCCUCCCUCUAGAACCCACCUCCUCCCUCCCUCUAGAACCCACCUCCUCCCUCCCUCUAGAACCCACCUCCUCCCUCCCUCUAGAACCCACCUCCUCCCUCCCUCUAGAACCCACCUCCUCCCUCCCUCUAGAACCCUUCUCAUUCUAGCAUAUUGUCUCAUCUACAAAUGUAUUGUUUACCAAGUGACAUUAACAUGAACUAGUAUUUUCCUCGUUAUUUUAAUCAUUUAAAUGUAGUCUUUGAGUAACUUAUGGAAUAAACCAUGUUCUAUAUGGAUGGAUGGAAAUGUCCAUGUUUUAAUGUAUAGGGUUCGACUGAGGUGCCAACUGAAGUGGAAUAUAUAUAUAGCAAGGCCUUGAUUGAAAAUGUAUUAACAAUCAUGAUGAUGGAUAGAUUGUUAGUCUAUUAGCUGACUUUCCUCUCUGUGACUGAUGGUGUGGGUUAAUGAUAAUACAGUGGUUAUCAGAGGCAGUCUAACUUUGGCCUCUUCAUUCUGGACAUGAAUUCAGUCUUGUUAUAGAUGCACUGAGCCAUUUGAACAAAGCAGGAAGAUCUGACCGAUGUGCAAUAGGCUGAUUCCUUGUUGUGAAUCAUUUCUGCUGUUACUGCUAAUGUUUUUGCUAUGCUAAUGUUUUUGCUAUGCCAAUGUUUUUGCUAUGCUAUUGUAUCUCACAAUUUCAGAACACAAUUUAUACGAAUGUACAUAAGAUGGCAUUUUUACAUAUGUAUUAAACUUGAUGAAAUGA